GAAAAAGAUAAAGAUAAAGCUGAAAAGGAGAAAGAAAUGGCAGAUCGAAACUUUUACUUUCAAAUUAGUUUUGGUAAAGACUAUGUAAGAAGAUUCGAACUAUGCGGUAUAGGCGAAACAGAAACAAUGGUUUGGAUGCACGAGUUAGAAAAAGCGAGUUUCAGCAAACAGCAUUUGGAAAUGCAAAAAGUGACAGCGAAGCAUUUGCAUAUCAUACAAGUUGUGGAAGCAGAACAAACAGCUAAAUGGCAAUUUUCUUUGCACUGUGAAGACUUAUACGCUGAGAUGAGAUUUUUACGCGAAGAGCUGGCUCUAAUAAAAAGACAAAGAACUGUUGAACGUAUUAUUUGUAACAUGGUCCAUACAUGUAUGAACGUUGAAGAAUCAGGAUGCCUUUGCUGCCUAUACGAAGACUUACAAGGCGAUGAAGAAAAAUUGGCCAAACUGAGAAAAGUGCAAAGUUUCUUCCGUGGAUGGUUAUGUCGCAGAAAAUGGAAACAUAUUGUUGAACAGUAUAUUAAAAGCCCCCAUGCUGAACGGCUCAGAAAACGGAACAAUGUGGUAUUCCAACUAGUUGAAGGUGAAGAAGAAUAUAUUCAACAAAUGGAAGUAUUGAUAACUUGCUUUUUGAGGCCAUUCAAAAUGGCUGCGUCUUCAAGGAAACCUCCGUGCACUCAUGAUGAUGUCAAUUCAAUUUUUUUGAAUAGCGAGACUGUUUUCUUCUUGCAUCAGAUUUUCCUGAAAGGACUUACUGCUAGAUUAGAAAGCUGGCCUACAUUGGUUUUAGGUGAUUUAUUCUCCAUGCUUCUUCCUAUGUUAAAUAUUUACCAGGAAUAUGUCCGGAACCAUCACUAUUCCUUACAAGUACUAACUGAAUGUAAGCAAAACCAACGAUUUGCCGCAACUUUGAAAAGAUUAGAAUCCAAGCCGAUGUGUAAUGGCAGAUCUUUGGAGACAUUUUUGACUUAUCCUAUGCAUCAAGUUCCAAGAUACAUUAUAACCCUUCAUGAACUUCUGGCUCACACUCCAUUUGAACAUGUCGAAAGAAAAAGUUUAGAAGCAGCGCAAGUUCAACUUGAAAAUCUAUCUAAGCAAAUGCACGAUGAAGUCUCAGAAACCGAAAACCUUCGGAAGAAUUUGGCUGUAGAACGAAUGAUUGUUGAAGGAUGCGACAUUUUAUUAGACGUCAAGCAAAUUUUUGUACGACAAGGUACUUUGAUACAAAUUCCUACAGAAAAGCAAAAAGAAAGAGUCACUUUCAAAGGAUUUAAAUCAUCCAGUAGGUCAGAUAAAGAAGUUGUGAGACAGUGCUUUUUGUUUAGUUACCAUUUGAUUAUCACUACCAGGGGCACCGAUGGAAACUUGCAUCUAGUGCCAAAUGUUGGAAAAAUACCCAUGAGUGAUGCUAUUUUAAUAGAAGAGCCAAAUGAAGAGUCUACCCUUGACGGACCAGGCGAAUCUGCUUCCUCAGUGACAACUGAACAAAAUAAUUCUUACCAGGGUAGAGAUUUCAAAGUUGUUCUAGACAGCAAAAAUUUGGUGGCCCCGCUUUUAAUUCACCUUGUGGCUCCUACAGUAAGCGACAAAGCAGCAUGGAUUUCUGACAUAGCUGGCUGCAUCGAUAAUGCUCAAUUCAGUGAAAUUUGUAAGCCAAUGAUGGCGGAUACUAGCUCGAUUAAUCUUCCUCAGUAUAUAAGGAACGAUCCAAGAUUAUUCCAUGAUGAACCAGACAUAAAAUUCUCAAAAAUACUUAAUUCUUGCAAAAUACCACAGAUACGUUAUGCUACACCUGAUAGGCUUUUGGAAAGGCUUACUGAUCUCCGAUUUCUAUCCAUCGAUUUCCUAAAUACAUUUCUUCUGACCUACAAAGUGUUCACUGACGGAAUUAAGGUGCUAACCGCUUUAAAACGUGUUUACUAUGCUAGCGUGGAAAAAGAAAAAGAGAGAAUGGCAGUUGCGGAGUAUUUGCAAUGCAAGGAAGAAAAUUCCUUGCAAAUAUAUGAGGAUUAUAGAAGAAGGAGCAGUGUCAUGCAAUUUCCUCCGAGGAGAACAAGUGGAGCAAGCUCAGUAUCAGGCUACUGCUCUGAAGCUAGCGAACGAGAUCGAUCGUUCAGUUACGAUUCACAAGGAAAAUUUCUAAGAAAUAUUCUUCUUUCAAAAUAUGAAGAUGACAUGAGCAGAAGACCUUCAACUGUGCAACCUACGCCGGAAAGGAAACGAAGUAUACCCAAAAUGAUUUCUAUUAAAGUUAAUUCUUACGAAGAAGCUGAAGAAGAACAAGAGGAAAACAAAUUUCUUACCAUCCCAAAAGUUGAGGCUUCAAGCAGUACUGAUACUUUGACAGAUAUUGGUCCAGAUCCAUGCGAUACUUGUGGUCAGGAGCUUCCAGUGGACAAACUCACGUUAGAGCAAAGAAGACGACGUGAUAAAGUCGAAGAAAAAAAGGUGACUCGUAGAAAGUCAGAAGAGCGUAAAAAAUUAGAUCUUAUUUCAAGAGACCAGCCUUCUACGUCACAAGAAAUAAGACGUAAAUCUGACGUGGUUGCAGAAAGAAAGAAAUCAAUUUUAUCUGAUGACGCUCGUAAGGCUUUAACAGAAAGACGCAAAUCGGAAAUACCUGAAAAAAUAAGAUUGGAAGAUCGUCGAAAGCCAGAAUUCAUAGAAAGAAGAACAAAAGGGCAAAUUGAUGAUCGUAGGGGACCAUCAACAUCAUCAGACGAUCGAAAAAGGUCUUCUUUGUCACUGGAAGAUCGGAAAAGAUCAUCUGAAGAUAGGAAGAGACCAAUUGAAGAUCGAAAAAGAUCUUCCCUUAUUUCCGUAGAUGAACGAAAACGUCCAUCAAUUGCUACUUCUGACGAUCGAAAACGGUCAUCGGUCGAUAGUGGCACAGCGUUAAAGAUAUCCGAGGAGCGAAGAAAAUCUAGCGAAGACGAAAAAAGAAAGAAUAUUUACAGACACAUAUCAUCGCCUAGGUUGGAAAGAAAAACAGAAAAAAGUUUUUCAUUUGAAAGUGACACACAUCCAGAGGAUAAGCAAGAAGAUUCAAUAGAUAUUGAAGACAGGGGAGAAGAAAGACCUAAUGACAUUGCAAAAAUGUCUAUCGCAUCCGUACAAACUUCAACUCAACUAAUCCUGGGGUUUUUUCAAAACUUCUAUCAACGUUCCCAAAAAGAAGGCGAAAAACGUGAACCACAAUCCAGCCGAUCUACAACUGCAAGAUCGAGUUUUCAGCAUGAAGCUGCCUCUAAGUCUCCGAGUAAAGCAGGUGUUAUUGUGGGUGGAACUACGCAAGCAAAAAGAAGAAGUAGUUCGUCUUAUGCUAGCACAGCUUUCGCUAUAGCCACUUGUGCAGCUGAUAAUCCAGUAGCGGUCCAGUUUCAACAGAAACAAAUUCCACCUGAAGAUAAAACAAAGUCUUUGGAGCAUAUAAUAUCAACUGCUGCGACUAUGAGGGUACUAAACGUUUUAAGGCAUUGGAUUUCUAAGCAAGGUAAAGAUUUUGAGACAAAUAAAGAACUUAAACGGCAAACUAAAGAAUUUUUGGAAGAAAUUCGUACUCAUCCCAAUCUUACAUCUGGAGAACAUAAGUCAGCUGCUCAGUUGUUGAUUCUUUUGGAUAAGCAAGACGAAGAGGAUAAGCCGACUGUUGAUUUGGUCAAACUUUUGCAACCGCCACUAGAACCAAGUAAAGAACGAAUUGAGAGCCUCUCUGCUCUAGAAAUAGCAGAACAAUUGACAUACAUUGAUCAUCAGAUAUUUAUGCAAAUAGCUCCUGAGGAGUUGAUGGGACAUGCCUGGAUGAAAGCCGACAAAGAACAGCGAGCUCCACAUGUUGUGAUAAUGACCAAAAGAUUCAAUGACGUUUCUCGAUUGAUAUCUUCGGAAAUUCUACGGAAACAAGACUUGGCCGCUAGAGCCGAGACAAUUGAGAAAUGGGCUGCAGUGGCUGAUAUUGUCAGAUGCCUUCAUAAUUUCAACGGGGUUCUUCAGAUAUGUUCUGCUUUCACUAAUGCUGGAAUUUUUCGAUUGAAAAAUACGUGGGAUAAAGUUUCUAAAACGGCAAAACAAUCAAUCGAGAAGCAUCAAAAAAUAGUUUCUUCUGAUGGACGAUUCAGGGCACUUCGUGAUGCCUUGCAUAAUUGUGACCCACCAUGUAUUCCAUAUCUUGGAGUGUAUUUAACAGAUUUGUCUUUUAUCGAAGAAGGAACUCCGAAUUUUGUUGAUGACAAUCUCUUAAAUUUUUCCAAAAUGAGAAUGAUUGCUCACAUUAUCCGUGAAAUUCGUCAAUACCAGCAAACAUCAUACAAAAUUGAUUUGGUGACGCGGGUCUCAAAUUAUUUAUUGGAUACGUCGCUAAUGAUGAAUGAUGACCAAAUUUAUGCAGAAUCUCUAAAGAUAGAGCCGAGACAGGCAAGGCUCACGUCUCAGUCAAGCAUUGGAGGAAUGACUCCUUGGUAAAAUGGUUCUAAAUCAGCGAAGCUAUGAAAAUAAUUAUUCAGUUCGUUAAUAGUUACACCUAGUAAUUUUGUUCAACAUAGAGUAAAAGAUUGGGGUUCCAAGAUAUGUUAAUGACAAACAUAAACUUUUGUACUCCUGUCUUACUGAAGCCCUGAAGAAGCCAAAUGGAAAUAAACAUUUUUGGGAUCUCGUUUUUUAAGUUUUAACAAUGUUUGAAAUUAAUAACCAGAUAAUUGGCAAAUACCUACCCAAUAUUUUUUUCAAUUAAUAAAAAGAGUAGGUAUAUAAAAAACUACAAUCUUCAGUUUCAUGGCUCUGGAAUUUGAAAAAAGUAAUUGAUUUUGAAGGUAAAUAAUAUGGCUUGUUAUCAAAUCCAAGUCUAAUUAGAGCCAGAUUGGCAUGGUCCAAGUGUGCUUGGAAUAAGUAAACUUGGAAGCUGCGCGCGACUCACUUGGAUGAUACUUGGAUCGUAUCAACUGUUAAUCCAAGUCCAGUUGGAUAGGUCCUCCUAACAGUAAAGUUCGCCUUACGAGUCUAGAACUAAGGAAAGAAUGCGGAUAAAAAAAUUGCAAUAUUGCCUAUUUGACUUCCAAUAGAAAAUACCCUAAUAUUUAUCUAUGCUACACACCUACAUUUAAAAACGCUGCGGGCACGCCUAAGACAGGCAGCAUAAAGCUCGAAAUGAAUGGCGUUAUUCCCCCUUGCCCUUCAGACGUCGUAGUGCUAGACUCGUAAGGCAAAGUAUAAGUAGGUUGUGCUUGGAUUCUGUAACGAAUAGAGAUAUUUUCUCUAUCUCUAUAUUGACGUCCCUUCUCUAUUAAUUUCGAAAAGAGAGAAGAAGACAGCAACUGCCGUAGCGAUAGGGAUAACGUCC